GGCCUUAGCAGGGACGAAUCAGGCGCUCUCGCCGGGCAGCUCUUCUGGUGGGGUCCUCGCUGCGGCCAGAGCAGUCAGGAGGAGGAGGAGAAGAUGGCGGACGUGCUGAGCGUUCUGCGUCAGUACAACAUCCAGAAGAAGGAAAUAAACGUCAAGGGAGACGAAGUUAUAUUCGGGGAGUUCUCGUGGCCGAAGAACGUCAAGACCAACUAUGUUAUCUGGGGUACUGGAAAGGAAGGACAACCAAGAGAAUACUACACUCUUGACUCUAUCUUGUUUUUGCUCAACAAUGUCCAUCUUUCCCAUCCUGUGUACGUCCGACGUGCUGCAACAGAAAACAUUCCUGUUGUCAGAAGACCUGACAGAAAAGACCUUCUCGCCUACCUAAAUGGGGAAACAUCGACUUCUGCCAGUAUAGACAGAAGUGCUCCGCUGGAAAUUGGCCUUCAGAGAUCUUCCCAAGUGAAGAGGGCUACCGAUGAAAUAUUAGCUGAAGCAAAGAAACCCAGAAUAGAGGAUGAAGAACGUGUCCGUCUUGACAAAGAGAGACUGGCUGCUAGGCUGGAAGGCCAUAAAGAAGGCAUUGUGCAGACUGAGCAGAUUCGAUCCCUCUCAGAAGCCAUGUCAGUCGAAAAAAUUGCUGCCAUCAAAGCCAAAAUUAUGGCAAAAAGAAAAACUACAAUCAAAACAGAUUUGGAUGACGAUAUAACUGCCUUAAAACAGAGAAGCUUUGUGGACGCAGAAGUGGAUGUAACCAGGGAUAUUGUCAGCAGGGAGCGAGUAUGGAGGACAAGAACGACUAUACUGCAGAGUACAGGAAAGAAUUUUGCCAAAAAUAUAUUUGCAAUACUUCAGAAUGUAAAAGCAAGGGAAGAGGGUCGUGCACCUGAGCCAAGACCAGUACAGACUACUGCACCCACGGACCCAACCCUGAGAAACAAACAGCCAGCUCCACAGAUCUACAAUCGAUACGAUCAAGAAAGGUUUAAAGGGAAAGAAGAAACGGAAGGCUUUAAAAUUGACACUAUGGGGACGUACCACGGAAUGACGCUGAAAUCUGUGACUGAAGGAGCUUCAGCCCGGAAGACUCAGACUCCAGCUGCGCAGCCUGUGCCCAGACCAGUAUCACAAGCAAGACCACCGCCCAAUCAAAAGAAAGGUUCAAGAACGCCCAUUAUUAUUAUACCGGCAGCCACCACAUCUCUAAUAACCAUGCUGAAUUCUAAAGAUCUCCUGCAGGAUCUAAAGUUUGUCUCUUCAGACGAAAAAAAGAAACAGGGUUGUCAGAGAGAAAACGAAGUGUUAAUUCAGAGACGAAAGGACCAAAUGCAGCCCGGUGGUACAAGUAUAAGUGUAACGGUACCAUACAGAGUGAUAGACCAGCCCCUGAAGCUGCUGCCACAGGAUUGGGACCGUGUGGUAGCAGUGUUUGUUCAAGGUCCCGCUUGGCAGUUCAAAGGCUGGCCUUGGCUCUUGGCUGAUGGAUCGCCUGUAGAUAUCUUUGCAAAAAUUAAAGCCUUCCACCUCAAGUAUGACGAAGUUCGGCUCGAUCCCAAUGUACAGAAAUGGGAUGUUACAUUGCUGGAGCUAAGUUACCAUAAAAGACAUUUGGACAGACCCGUAUUCCUGCGAUUCUGGGAAACCCUGGACAGGUAUAUGGUGAAGCACAAAUCUCACUUGCGGUUCUGAAAAGCCAGGGAAUGCUUUGUUUUCGGUGUUUGGACGGCUAUUUGUGGCUUCACGUUGACCUGGAGCACGGAAUUCACCUUGAUCAAAGCAUGAUCGGGUCCGAGGAGAGAGUGCCAUGUAUUUACAACCGGAAUGAACAGUGUACUAUUUUUUAAAUAUUUGCAUAAUGUCUGCAAUUCAAAUUGUAUAUUUUGAUAGUAAGAAAAUUCUUUUCUUUUAAAAGCAGCAUUUUUGGUUAGAUUUGUUUACAGAAACCACCAUGGCCGUAUGUUAAGAUUUGUGUUAUCUCUCUCCCAGUCUAUCUCCGGUUUAUUUUUGUCCUCCCUUCUCGUGCAUAAAUCUUUGUUUUCCAUAGAAAGCCCCGCUGCACGGUUCGGCACGGAGUGUUGUUAAAAUAUGGAAAUGAUGACUGCGAGGAUGGUAUGAGAACGGACUGCUAGUGGGUGGAAAAAAAACUCCCUCUAUUUCUUUUUUUUUUUUUUUUUUUUGUUUAUGUAAAAACAAAACUUGAUAAACUUUACCAUUUUGAACAUUAAAAGUUUGAGUUUUUUUUCUUUUCCACAAACCAUUAUGAUGAAAUAUGAAUCAAUAAAAUUGAGCUU